GACUGAAAUAAACUUUCAUAAAUUUCAACCGUCUACCUAUCACGGUUCAUGAGAUAUCACGGGUCUCUACUUUUUCGUUUCGUACUCAAAGGUUUACCUUAGAAAAAUAACUGUUGUCGAAAUUUUUUUUCAGAUGCAUAUCGGUAGAUACUUUACCUAGUUUUUGUUAAUCAUCAAUUUAAAAGAUUCGGUCAGUUUUUUAAUCUCGUUAUAUACAUAUAAGUGUACGUCAAGGUCGAAACAAACAGUAAUCAGUAACGUGUUUUCACGAUGGGCGCACUGCUUGUGAUCGCGACUUUAUUAUCAACUAUAUGUUUUUUGAUUUAUUUAAUAUCAAUUAAAAAAUUUAAUUACUGGAAAAAUAAAAAUGUUCCACACGUUAAACCUUGGCCCAUAUUCGGAAACUACGCCAAUUAUCUCCUACUGAAAGAAUAUCCUGGUCAACUCCUACAGAAGCUCUGCCUAAAGUUUCCUGGUCAGCCUUACUUCGGAGCUUACUACGGUACAGAACCAACACUCAUCGUGCACAGCCCGGAAAUCAUCAAAGAUGUCUUCACCAAAGACUAUUACUAUUUCAACGGCAGAGAAAUAUCAAACUACGUGAAAUGCGAAGUCAUGACACAGAACUUAUUUUUCUCCAGUGGGGACCGAUGGAAGGUAAUGCGACAGAGUUUAACUCCAUUGUUCUCUUCCGCUAAGAUGAAAGCCAUGUUCUACUUACUGGAAAAGUGUAAUCACUGCUUGGAAGACUUGCUCGACCUCGAGACCAGCAUGUCUAAUGUAAUUGAGAUCAGAGGACUUAGCGCCAGGUACACAAUGGACUGUAUAUGCUCUUGUGCAUUUGGAAUCGAAGCAAAUGCUAUGGGAAGUGACAAAAAUAAUGUCUUUAAGGUUAUGGCCGGCCAAAUAUUUGAAGCUUCGAAUUGGAGAGGUUUUAAAAUGGUUUUCAGGUUCAUUUGGCCGAAAAUAUUCUACGGUUUAGGAUUCCAAUUUUUCCCACCCACAAUCGACGCGUUCUUCUCUAAGCUAUUGAAAGGAGUGUUCGAAAGCCGCAACUUUCAGCCUUCACCGAGAAAUGAUUUUGUAGAUUUAGUCUUGGUCUUGAAGAAAGAACAAAAUUUAAUAGGUGACAGUAUGAGCAACUUAAAAAGCGAAAAAGGUACAAAGGUCACAAUUCCAGUUGAUGAUGAUCUGUUGGUGGCUCAGUGCAUAAUGUUCUUCGCAGCGGGUUUUGAUACAUCGUCGGCUACGAUAAGUUAUACUUUAUAUGAGUUGGCCAAGAACCAAAAGGCGCAGGUGAAGGCUCAACAAGAGGUCGAUGAAUUUCUUCGACGUCAUAAGAACAAGCUCAACUAUGAAUGUGUGAAUGAGUUGCCGUAUCUAGAUGCCUGCCUCUACGAAGCUCUCCGAUUGUAUCCGCUUUUUGGAAUAUUAACUCGCGAAGUUAUGGAAGACUACGAAUUCUCUACAGGCUUACGUGUCGACAAAGGCGUUCGUGUCCAUAUUCCAAUUUACCAUAUGCAUUACAACCCAGAUUUCUUCCCUGAACCUCAAAAAUAUAAACCUGAAAGAUUUUUAGCUGAAAAUAAACAAAACAUUAAGCAGUACACCUUUUUCCCCUACGGAGAGGGACCCAGGAUUUGUAUUGGGAAGCGGUUCGCAAGAAUGCAAGUAUUAUCAGGGCUGAUAACGAUACUGAAGAAGUACAAGGUGGAGCUGGCUGACGGCAUGCCGAAAACUCUUAAAUUCGACCCCAGGACGCUUCUGACACAACCUUCGGGCCACGGCAUAGACUUGAAGUUUACAGUACGGGAGGGCUGGGAAGACAGGAAGUUAGUUCGAGUGUGACGGGUGACAUGGUGUUUGAGAGAGUCAAAAAGAAACCCCAGACUUUUUCCAGACAAAAAGUUGUAAUUAAGUAAAUUAUGAUCUCCUUGAGAGGAACUACGCGUAAUAUAAUUUUGUUAUCUUUGUAAAUAAUUAUGGUUUGCUUCAACUGUUGCAUUUUUAUGUGUGUCGACAAUGUCGGCAAUGUAAUAAGCUUCUAUUUGUGUAACUUCUUUAUUAUUUU